AUGAGUUUGGUUACGUGUGCAGCAAGAUUGCAGUGCCCGCUACCGGAGUCCGGGGAGGUGGCAGAAAACCCCAAGUGCACGCUCGACGCCGGUGGAGGUCGGUGGCGCAACAGCACGGGGACGUACGGGACCGGCCGAAGGAAGCAGGUGGCGGUGGGGGUGGCGGGAAACAUCAUGCUGGAAGCCAGUACCGGCGAUGGAGCCGGAAACUGUCGCACCAACACUUCGUCGUCGUCGGUGACUUCGACGUCGGUUGCCAACAACGGCAGCAACAGCAACAACAACAACAACAACAACAGUCACUCGAGUAACCUCAACGCCGAUGACAGUUCCGUCUCGGCCGAUCUUCGCUGGAUCGAGCGGAUGGUGAUGGACGCCGAGCAGCAGUACCCAGGGGAACUAGUUCGAACCGAUAGCCCGUACUUUCUUUGCUCCGCACUGCCUCACCACUGGCGCUCGAACAAAACACUCCCGAGCGCCUUCAAGGUGAUCUCCCUGGGGGACGUGAGCGACGGGACGAUGGUCACCAUACGGGCCGGAAACGACGAGAACUUCUGCGCCGAGCUGCGUAACUGCACGGCCGUGAUGCGUAAUCAGGUGGCCAAAUUCAACGACCUCCGGUUCGUGGGUCGCAGCGGACGAGGCAAAAGCUUUACACUUACCAUCACCAUUUGUACGACCUUGCCGCAAGUGACCACGUACUGCAAGGCGAUUAAGGUGACGGUGGACGGACCAAGGGAGCCACGAUCUAAAACAAACACUCCACAGAUGCGUCCACCGCCGUUGCAUCGGUUUUUGGAGCAGCCGGCCUUCAACCAUCACCAUCACCACUACGCGAGCGCCCGGGCGACGUACGGUGGCUCGAACGGUGGCACGCCCGGGGUGGGCAGUGGUGGUGGUGGUACUGGUGGCGGCGGAUCCGGCGGCGGUGGACUCGGCGUGGGAGGAAGCGGCACCAGUAGCGGUGGCGGCGGCGGCGGCGGCGGAAGCAACAGUGGCAAUGGCAAAUCCUCUUCUGUCAACUACAGUGCGUCGGGCACGGGUCUCCAUUCGCAUCACCAUCAUCAUCAUCAAGCUUCGGGAGGCAGCGUCGGGGGUGGAGGCGUAGGAGCGGGAAAUAUGACCAUCAAUACCAGUGCCGAAUCGAGCAGUGAUUACAAACCUAAUCUCGCGCUUUCAGACUACACCAAUACGACCGACUGGACCAACGGACUGGGAGCUCCUUCGAGCACGUCCUAUAUUAACACGUUUUCUCCGUUGCAAACCAGUCCUCCGUCUUACGUGGCGUACGAGUCCUGCCCGAUGGUGGACCACCCGAACUACGGCCUAGCGGCGACCGGAGUUCUUAUAGAUAAUACUCAACCGUACCAGGACUACUACGCACUAUCCGGCCCACCACCGCCUCCGGUGGCCGCCGUUGUCCCAUCGGCUGCCAACUCACAGGCCCAACUGGGCGGCACAGGUCAGUACGUUGGCAAAUCCGGAGACCUGAUGGAGGCUGGUUCCUACUCCUAUCCGCAUCAUCCGGCACAGUGGACCAACGGGUAUCAUGGCGGGUAUCACCAUCACCAGUACCAACACCCGACGGUAGCGACCGCUCCUGGCUGUACGCCAUCGUUGACCGUGGCCACCCAACCGGCCGCUAGUUUCCACACCCCGGCCGCACCUCCGCCACCCCCACCACCGAUGGUUCUCUGUCCGCAAAUGUUUAGCACGGUCAAUCAAAACCAGAUCCACGUGCACCUGCAUGGUUCCGGGAGCGAAAAGUUCGAACACUACUUCGGCUCGACGGACAACGGCUUUACGAUUAAUUCGUUCCCGGGUACGGGCAUUCGCUCAGUGGCGGCACCGGUUGCGUCCUCACUGUCCGACAUUGGUAUCGGCUCGCAUCAGGACAGCGGAGCAGGUGGAGCGGCGUCCGAUACGCUUACGGCGCUCCUAUCGGCACACCACGAGGACUCGUCCGGAGCGCAUCAACAUCAACCGCAACAACAGGCAUCCGGCCAGGAGCAGCUGCAGGAUGAGAGUCGGAGCGAGGAAUCGGUGGCCGGAGACCCGAGCAGUGUUUGGCGGCCGUAUUGA